AUGACCCCUGAAACAGUAUCUAAACCUUCCAUAUUUAACUCAAUUGAAUCGUUAUCAAUAUCGCCAUACCCAGCACUUGUGUUUGGGAAUAUUCUUAUACUUAAAGGGGCCCUACAGUCUUCAGCAUCAUUGGCGGUCAAUGGGAGUACAGGGUCAACACUCAUAAAAUCCCAAAAGCUACAGCCUACCAGAAUCUCAUGUUUUGGGUUUGGCGCAACUCAAUUGAUAGGAGCAUGGUUAAUGUAUGAUGGUGAACCUGUAAAUGCUGCUGGUUUUAACUUUGCAUGGCUGUCCUUGUAUUUGAUAGUUAAUGGGAGAUCAAGCUUUAAGAGUAUAUUUAGGGGGAGAGUAAGUCCAUUAGGUUUAAGUAUACUUGCCUUGGGAAAUUCGGUUAUCUACGGUGGUGAAUUUUUUUGGCCCCGCCAAGACUCACAACAGCCAAUUUAA